AUGUCGGAGGCACCCUGCAAGCGAUACACCAAGUUUUUGCUGAAAUAUGCAGGAACAAGAGAAAAGAUCGAUGAUGCAGUGAACGAGAGUUGGAUUUGGUUGACAGAUACGUAUCCCUUCAAGAUCGUAGUUAAACAAAUCCUCCAUAUUAUAUUCUCCACCUCACAAACCUGCAUAUCUGAAUUCGACCUGUCGGGGUUCCCAAAUCAGCUAUGCGAGUUCAAUCGCUGCUUCUUAGAUGAUGGGCAGAAUGUAAAGUUCAUCAACCCGGGCCAGCCCAUCCACUAUUAUCGAUCAAGAAGAAGAGUUGAUCACACCUUCAAGCAAUAA